GGACGUGAUGAGUGCUCGCUUCGCACCGAUCCGGUAGCCCCCCUCACACACCGGAGAGCAGUAGAAUAGUGAGCGAUCGUGAUCGUGUUAGAAUAAAGGCUAUAAAGUUUUCAUCCGCGUCCGCAGCUUCCGACGGUCUCGAUCGCGAUGGACAAAUACUUGCGGUUGUUCAUCAAGUACCAGGUGUACACGAUCGUGAUGUUCACGUCGCUUAUGAUCGCACUCUUCACUCCCGUCCUGGCGCACCACGAUGCAAACAGCAUCGAAGACCUGCGGCUCGGCGGAGUGACGGCCGUAAUGUUUGCCAGCGGCUGGUUUACGGCGACCGUUUUUCUCGUGGUCGCCAUACACAAGGAGGACAAACGCUGCAUAUAUCCGUACGCGUUCAUGUUCGCGCUGGAUCUCGUUUUGUUGAUAUUACGCGAAAUCUAUGUCAUGAUCAUCGGGGACUUUUUGCUCGAACUGUGGAGCAUUAAAAUCACGGUGGUGCUGAUGACGGUACCGUACGUGACGGCCAGUUUGCUGGCCCUGCACCGGCUGUACACCGUCGAUCCGAUCGUCACGCAGCGCAGCGAAGGAUUCGUGCGCUUCGAACGGAACGAAACCAGUGAACCGACUCAGGUGGUGCAGUCGUCCGCCUGAGGUGGAGAUCACCCGCUGCGGGGGGGGGGUCCUGACUGAAAGAAGUGCAAUCGAUAGCUAGGCUCUGUGUGCGCGUUUGAGCUUGAACCGCGUGUGUGUCUGUUCCACGCGGUUUUGUGGAACUAAAACAUUAGCAAUAGGACGACGACGACGGGGAAGACGGGGAAGAGCGGCCAAAUUACCUCACACGUAGAUCGCCAAUGAUUGCCAGCUAACUGGAUUAAUUAAGUGUUGCGUUCAAACUACCAAAUCGUGCUCUGCUGUGGUACGUGUACUAAUAAAAGGCGUUUUGUAUCUGA